CGAGAAACGCUCGUAAUAUGCCGGCCAGGUUUCAGUGAAGUGCCUGCAUAUAGUCGUGUCGAACAGACAGACGUAAGAAUGCCUACAUGUGGUCACAAGAAUUCGAAACAAAACAGCGCUCUCUCUGUGGUCACUCAUGGCGCACUCGGGACCACGACGAAUAAGUCGCCGUGCUUUCACGGUCACAGCUGACGUGGUGUCGUCGGCCGCCGUCUGCUGGAUUCUUGGUGCCAAUGCAACUCACAAUGUCACCAGGCUACUUUCGCGCGAGAGCCCUUUCAUAGUGCCAAAUGUGUCCUUCCAGAGUCCCGUCACAGAGGCUCAACGGCUUGUCAAAGCAUUUCCGGACGAGCCCGUGGGCCAUCACCCUAACAACAUCGCUGGUCACCGCCACGAGGACUUCGGCGCCGCGGGCCCCGUGGUGGUGAUGCUGGGCUGCCUGUUCCUCGUGUUCCUCGCCGUGGGCAUCCCCACCUUCAUCCAGAAGAAGCGCCGAGAGGCGCGGGAGCGUCGCGAGGCCAUCCGGCGACUGCAGACCGCCGAGCACAGGGAGGCGGCCGAAGGGCUCUCCUUCCACGUACCCGCCACGGACUGAGCUCCCGGAAUACAUUGCUUCCAAAAAAAAAAGUCGCUUGUUCGUGUGCCGUUGUGCA